UCCUCCGGAAGUUCCUCCGGAAGUUCCUCCGGAAGUUCCUCCGGAAGUUCCUCCGGAAGUUCCUCCGGAAGUUCCUCCGGAAGUUCCUCCGGAAGUUCCUCCGGAAGUUCCUCCGGAAGUUCCUCCGGAAGUUCCUCCGGAAGUUCCUCCGGAAGUUCCUCCGGAAGUUCCUCCGGAAGUUCCUCCGGAAGUUCCUCCGGAAGUUCCUCCGGAAGUUCCUCCGGAAGUUCCUCCGGAAGUUCCUCCGGAAGUUCCUCCGGAAGUUCCUCCGGAAGUUCCUCCGGAAGUUCCUCCGGGAAUUCCUCCGGAAGUUCCUCCGGAAGUUCCUCCGGAAGUUCCUCCGGAAGUUCCUCCGGAAGUUCCUCCGGAAGUUCCUCCGGAAGUUCCUCCGGAAGUUCCUCCGGAAGUUCCUCCGGAAGUUCCUCCGGAAGUUCCUCCGGAAGUUCCUCCGGAAGUUCCUCCGGAAGUUCCUCCGGAAGUUCCUCCGGAAGUUCCUCCGGAAGUUCCUCCGGAAGUUUCUCCGGAAGUUCCUCCGGAAGUUCCUCCGGAAGUUCCUCCGGAAGUUCCUCCGGAAGUUCCUCCGGAAGUUCCUCCGGAAGUUCCUCCGGAAGUUCCUCCGGAAGUUCCUCCGGAAGUUCCUCCGGAAGUUCCUCCGGAAGUUCCUCCGGAAGUUCCUCCGGGAAU